AGAACCUUCUUUACGCAGAGGAUGCCCUUUCGGACUGAACAACCCUGAUCUCUUCGUUUCUCUUGAGGAACAAGGAAAGCAGAGACAACACCGAGGAGGAGCGAAAAGGAAGAAGGCAGCUGAAGAAGUUGGAGAUUUCAGCUUAUAGAACUUUUUGUUCGGCCUACCUUUGGUGGCUGUUCCUUGGCUUGUCUGUAUUCCUAUCCCAUUCUAGAAGUCAGAGGAUAUUUUUACAGGUUCAAAUCGUGUGAGGGUCUCUUUGGACUUUUUGUCUUGAUCCUUCGUUGCGAACAACCACCAUGAGUUUUGCCGACAUUCUGGACGACUUGGGAGGGAUGGGGCGUUUUCAAAGGAUAUCUGUAGCCUUCCUGGCUAUUCCGUUGAUGAUGCUGGCCUCUCACAAUCUUCUGCAGAACUUCACAGCUGGGGUCCCCGAACAUCACUGCCAGAUUCAUAUCACAGCCAAUUACACCCGUUCCGCCAAUAUCACCCAAGGGCUGGGGACUGACAGCCUCGUUAGAAUUGCUAUCCCUGUCAAUGGGAAGGGACAGCCAGAGAAGUGUCGGCGGUUUGUCACCACCCAGUGGUGGCUUCUGGACCCUAAUGCCACCGCUGUCAAUGGCACAACGAUGGAUACUGAACCAUGUACUGAUGGGUGGACGUAUGACAGGAGCGUGUUCACCAGCACCAUAAUCAGUGAGUGGGAUUUAGUGUGCGACUCCCGGACCCUGAGGCAAAUGGCUCAGUCUAUCUACAUGGCUGGAGUACUGAUAGGAUCAGUGCUAAUUGGAAGUCUUUCAGACAGGUUUGGCCGGAAGGCUCUCAUCGUCUGGUGCUACUUGCAGAUGGGAGUAUCGGGUGCCUGCACAGCCUUUGUGCCAAACUUUACUGCUUACUGUGUCCUCCGCUUCCUGAGUGGCAUGGCCAUGUCAGGGAUUUCUCUCAACUCUGUCUCACUGUGCAUGGAGUGGAUUCCAACCAAAUAUCGUGCUAUUGUUGGCACUAUCAAUGGUUACUCCUACACGAGUGGGCAAUUCAUCCUGGCUGGAGUGGCGUAUGCCAUCCCCAACUGGCGCUGGCUGCAGCUCACUGUUUCACUACCAUUCUUUGUAUUCUUCCUCUACUCCUGGCUGUUUAUUGAGUCAGCACGCUGGCUGGCAAUCUCCGGACAACACGAGCGGGCUGUGGUAGGCCUGAAGAGGGCUGCCCGGGUCAACGGAAGGAAGAAAGAAGGAGAUGAACUCAGUGUGGAGGUUUUGAAGUCAAACAUGCAAAAAGAGCUCUGCUCCAAUAAAUCUAGUCACAGCAUGGUUGAUCUGGUGCGGACGCCCGGCAUUCGCAAAAUCUCCUGCGGGGUCUCCCUUGUCUGGUUUGCCACCAGCUUCGCCUAUUACGGGCUAGCCAUGGACCUGCAGAACUUUGGCUUCAACAUCUACAUAACCCAGCUGAUCUUUGGUGCCGUUGACAUCCCAGCUAAAUUCAUCUCGGUGAUGACCAUCACAUUUGUGGGCCGCCGGUUUUCACAGUCCUUGUCUCUCAUCUUGGCUGGGCUGUGUAUCUUGGCCAAUAUCUUUGUGCCUCCAGAUCUGAGCAGUCUGCGUAUGAUAUUUGCUGUGUUUGGGAAAGGCUCACUGGCAGCCUCAUUCAACUGUGCCUACAUCUUCUCUGGAGAGCUUUUCCCAACCGUGAUCAGGCAAUCAGGGAUGGGCCUUGGAGGAACCAUGGCCCGUGUGGGCAGCAUGAUAGCCCCUCUGGUGAAGAUGACUGGGGAGUUUUUCCCACCCCUGCCGCUGAUAAUCUACGGCGGAGCACCUAUCAUUUCUGGCAUUGCCACCUGUUUCCUUCCAGAGACUAGGAAUGUCCCACUGCCAGAGACCAUUGAGCAGGUGGAAUUAAGGUCCAGACCCAACCAAGAAGCCGAACUGCAAAUGAAAGUUCUUCUCCCCUCCACCAAACCCGAGCCAGCGAGAAACAAUAGCUAAGGAGAAGCAGCACAGGAAUUCCCUGACAACCCCCACCUGAUCCUGGCCUGCUUAUGUGCGUUGGAGUUUUUUCAGGCUUCAGCCCCUUCCUCUGAGUCUGUAAAAUGUCUGACUGGGAAGGAUGUGUCUAAACAUACAUGCAUCUGCAAAAUGUCAUGUGUGCACAUGGGCAUAAAAAGGUCUCCCUUUCCUCGCCCCCCCCCUCCCUGUCGUGAUGAAACAUGGAUGAAUGUGCGUGAGUCGUUGCCACUCUGCAGUAGGCACAGCCAGGUCCACUGUGGCAUUUUGCUUUCUGUGGGAGCCUUCUUAAUGCAUUUGAAGACACACACCCCAUCUCUGAAACUGGAGCCAGACACGAAAUUGCUACAGGACACAUGAUCAGUAUAGAGAACAGAUAUGCUUGCAGAGAAGCAUGAUUUUGGGAAAAGCUGCUGACUGUCGGGAUAUUGCAAGUACACGAGAAUGUCCAUUUUUAGCCUGUGAAAUGUUGUAAGAGUUGCAGUAAUGUGUAGUGGUUAGAGUGUUGGACUAGGAUCUGGGGAACCCAAGUUCAAAUUCUUUCACAGCCAUGAAAGCUCAUAGACUUUCACUCUCUUGGCCUACCCUACCUCUCAUUUAAGGUUGCCUGCUCUGGGAUGGGAAAUACCUGGAGAUUUUUUUUUGGGGGGGUAGACCCCCAAAAGUGCAGUCUUUGGGUAGGGGAGGGACAUCAAUGAGGUAGAAUGCCAUAGAGACCACUUUCCAAAGCAGCCAUUUUCUCCAGUUGAACUAAUCUCUGCCACCUGGAGAUCAGUUGUAAUAACAUCUCCAGCCACCAUCAGGAGGUUGGCAGCCUGACUCAAAGGGAUGCUGUGAGGAUAAAACAAGAGGAAGAAAAAUAUUGUAAGAUGCUUUCAGUCCCCCUUGGGCAAAAAAGCAGUAUAUAAAUCAAUGAAUGCCAAAGAACUAAAGACUCACCUGAAUCUUGAAGUUCUGUUCUGCAGCCUUCUCUGUAGGAUUGCCAGCUCUGGGUUGGCAAAUACCUGAAUAUUUUGGGGGAGAACCUGGGGAGGGGGCUGUUGGAGAGAAGAGGGAGCUCAGCAGGAUA